CGUCAAAACAAUUCUGUUUUGUUGAAAAGAAAUGCAAAGCGAGUGCAGGAAAAACGUCCUUGUGCUACACUAAUUGUUUGUUCUAGGUUUGUGUUGUACUUUCCCCCCCUGGAAUAAGAUGCCGAAGGUGCGAAGGAGCAGAAAGCAGCCGCCCGAAGGAUGGGAACUGAUUGAACCUACCCUCGAGGAGCUAGAGCAAAAGAUGCGAGAAGCUGAAACGGAGCCCCAUGAAGGGAAGCGAAUUACGGAAUCAUUGUGGCCGAUUUUCAAAAUACAUCACCAAAAGUCACGCUACAUCUACGAUCUGUUCUACCGCCGGAAAGCAAUCAGCAGGGAGCUGUACGACUAUUGCCUGAAGGAAAAAAUUGCCGAUUCCAAUCUGAUAGCGAAAUGGAAAAAGUCGGGCUAUGAAAAUCUUUGCUGUUUGCGCUGCAUACAGACGAGAGACACCAACUUCGGUACGAACUGUAUUUGCCGUGUGCCGAAAUCGAAGUUGGAGGAAGGACGAGUCGUCGAAUGUGUGCACUGUGGGUGCAGAGGUUGCUCGGGAUGAAUCUGUACUGUUGCGCCAUUAUUUGCAGAUGAUUGUUCAACCGUAGCGGCAUCAUUUUAUUUUCCUAUUAAAGUGAUCGUGUAUAAGCACUGA